UCUGCUCUCAGGCGGGAAUGUCUCUGUCGGUGUAUUUCUGUGGUAGUAUUCGUGGUGGACGGGAGGACCGGGCUCUGUAUGAGCGGAUCGUCCGGGAGUUACAGCGAUAUGGGACGGUGCUGACCGAGCAUAUCGUCCGACCGGAGAUCACUGAAGCCGGGGAAGAUGCUUUUGAAAAAGGAGACAAGUUCAUCCACGACAGAGAUGUUAAGUGGCUUCAACAGGCCGAUGUGGUGGUGGCAGAAGUGACCCAGCCGUCCCUGGGUGUCGGGUAUGAGUUGGGCCGGGCUGUGGCAAUGAACAAAAAGAUCCUGUGCCUAUUCAGACCAUCUUCUGGACGAGUACUGUCGGCAAUGAUUCGGGGUGCCCACGACGGACACUCGGUUCUUGUUAGGGACUACAAGCCUGAGGAAAUGGAAGGAAUGCUUUCAGAAUACUUUACUGUCACCUUCCCAUCAUUGUGA